GGCACGCGGGCCCAUCCUGCGCGGCGCGUCCCCAUCCGUUUCCUCUGCCUCUCUAGUCUCUACCCCUCCCCUCUGCUCUCCUUCCCUCACCGAUCUCUAUUUCCCAUUCCGGCUCCCGUUCUCCACCUCAAUUAUUGCCACCCAUCCCCUCUCCUCCUUCCCGUAGUCCCGUCCAUCUCCUCGCAUCGCCGGGCGUCGGGAAUGGCGGCCGCGCUGUGGACGCUGGUGGUCCUGUCGGCGGCGGUAGCAGCGCUGGCGACGGAGUGGCGCGUGGCGGCGACGGCGGCAGCGGAGGCGGCGAACGAGGUGCUCCGCGCGCACCAGCUGCCGGGAGGCCUGCUGCCGGCGGGGAUCACGGCGUUCCAUCACGACGCGGCCACGGGGCGGUUCGAGGCCCAGCUGGAGGCGCCCUGCACCGCGCGCUUCGAGGUCGGCCUUCGCUACAACGCCACCGUGACCGGGGUCAUCAGCCCCGGCCAGAUCGCCGCCAUCUCGGGCGUCGCCGCGCAGGACCUCUUCAUGUGGUUCCCCGUCCACGACAUCAAGGUCGACAUCCCUUCCUCCGGCGUCAUCUACUUCAACGUCGGCGUCGUCAAGAAGCACCUCCCGCUCGCCGUCUUCGACGCGCCGCCGGCCUGCACGCCCGACCCGCUCCUCCGCACCGUCCCGCAGCGGCUGGAGGACGUGGGCGAGGACGGAUUGGCCAUGGGCGCCGCGGCGUCCAGUCGAUGAUGGGUGGGGACGAAGGAGGGUUCGACGGCGCCGGCGAACCAGGAUCACAAGCGCAGUUUUGAGAGGGGGAACGAACGAUCGCCGGUCGGGCGCCGCCGACGGCCGGCCUCGUUCGAUGCACAUAGAUAGCGUGGGCAUUUCCAUUCUGUUUUUUUUUUCUUUUUCUACUUCUUAGCUACUGGAGUAGUAACCAACCUCGUCUUCAUCGUUGCGUCAAUCUGUUAUUAUUACUACUCUUGUUUGUCUUUCGUUCAUCCCCGUGUCCUUUUCGGCCGGAAUCCGCCGCGGCUGUCGUAGCGGCGGCGACCGCCGGCGAUACUUUUUUCGCGGUAAUGGAUGGAUGGUUCUUGUA